AUGGCGUUCCCAUAUAUUGACACGCCACGCACCGAACUCGACGGAAACGCGACUUAUCUCACCAACGGCUUCCGCAGCGUGGGGCGAACACACCUUUCAGCGCUUGAUUCAGUCGAAAACUCAUUCGCUACGCCAUCCAGGGACAAUGACGUGAUCAAAGGUUUUGGAGAAGGACGAAAACGCGUUUCGGGAGGCUCCAACAUGGGCACACCGCGCGCCAGUGCCGCGACAAAGUCUACGAGAAGCGCGUUGAGGCAACUCCCAACGGCUGGACCUGCUAGAGGCGAGUUCACGCCGCUUAUGCGAAGCGCGACGAAGAAUAAUUUCUUAAGAAAUGUGUCUACGAAUCGAGGAGCCGACGACCCGAAGACCCCAGCAUACCUGCGCGAGAGUAGCCGAGGCGCUGCUCAUACCCCGGCGGCCAGCAGCAGCGCUCAAAGCACGCCCAUGCCGUCUCUUUUGGGGCGCGAUGGGAGAGGUAUCCUGGGCGAUGGACAAAAUAUGACAUUGAAGGAGCAAGAGCGUAUCAUUGACCGGCUUGACAAGGACAAUUGGAACCUCAAACUCAAAAUUCACUACCUGGAGGAACAACUCGAGAAAGCAGGACCUGAAUACAACAGUGCAGCCCUCAAAGAGAAUACUGAGCUCAAAGUCUUGAGGUUGACUAUGCAACGCGACAUUUCCAGAUACAAGAAAAGCUUACAACAAGCCGAGCGCGAUUUGGAGGACUAUCAACAACAACUCAUGGAAAUGAAGGAUAAGGCUCGGCGGAGACAGACCGAUGAGGAGGUUCAACGUGAAAUGGACCUUAUGCGGGAAGAGAUCGAAUCGAGGGACAAUGAGCUCAGGGAACUCCGGGAAGAAUUGAGGAUGGCCAAAGACCAUCAGUCUCAAGAGAUCGAAAAACUCCGGGACGAAAUCGAAGAUCUCGAGGCUACCGUACGAGAGAAGGACCGAGCCAUCGACGAACGCGAUGAAGAACUAGAGGAGCUACGAGAGAAUCGUCAGGAGAAUGAGGCGGGGGCGGAACUUCAACUCGAACUUGACCGUGCAAAGGAACAGAUCCAAGAACUACAGGAUCGCCUUGAGCAGGCUAGAUCAGAGGCCCAGGAAGCGGAUGCUGCCGCAAAGAACGCCACGGACGAGAAAAACCGAGCUGAGGACGACCUCCGGGAGUUGCAGGAUGAGAUGGCAGAUAAGUCCUUUACGACAAGGGGCCUCAGUCGGCAGCUUGAGGAAAGAGCCGAUAAGCUUGAGGAAGAAGUGCAGGAGUUACGCCAGGCGAACGACAACCUCAGGGCACAAGUCCAUAGCAAAGACGAAACCGUGACUCGCCUAGAGGAGCGUUAUCAGACCGCUCAACAAGACCUCAGGAACGACGCCGGGAAACUAGGAGAAGACCUUGAAUCUGCCAGGCGGGAGCGAGACCUGCUCCGCGAUGAGCUUCAAAUAACGUCUUCCCAGCUUCAAGAAGCCCUCGAUAACGUUCAGCGCCGUACUGAAGAGAAGGAGCUUCUUCAAACCCGUCACCAUGCAUUGACUGACGAGUCUGGUGGCUUGCAAGCCGAGCUGACCCGAGCACAAUCCCGGAUACGCGAACUCCAAAAGGCAGUCGAGGAGGCCACAAACCGUGCCCAGGAUAGUCAGAACCUUCGCUGGCAACACAAAACGGAUAUUGAUCGACUUCAAGAUGAGAUUGAGGCUCUUCAACACGAAAUUGAGGACAAGGAAGGCGUCUUUGCUCUGGAGCAGGAUAGGUGGGAAAACGUCAAGCGAACCUUGCAGGCUCAAAAAGAGCGUGCCGAGGAGCAAGCAACUGGCUUCAAGCGUACCAUUGAAAAGCUCCAGGAGGCAGAGCACACGCUUUCCGGAAAAGAAUUCAAAUUACAGGGAGCCAUUGACAGUGAGAAGCAACGCCAUCUACAGGAAGAAGCUGUGCUCAAUCGCCAAAUUAAGGAGCUCGGUGAUGAUCUUUCACAGAAAAGACACAUCUUGGAUGAACAGCGCAAUGACAUCCUUACUGUGAGAGAGGAGCUGCGUGUGUCUCGGCGUGAGGAGCAGUCCCUCAAGGAGAAAGUGCAGGCUCUGGAAGAUGAAGUCAUCGUUCUGCAAUCGAGCUUAGCAGAUGAGCAGGAAUAUGCCAAAGGCCGCGUGCAGAAGGGCUCACAGGCCCUUCGCGAUCAGCUCGGGAAUGCCCACGUCGAGCUACAUGACUUGCGAACUUCUGUUGGUGAAAUUGAAGCGGAACGCGACGACCUCCAAGCUCGGCUUGAUCGUCCUGAGAAUCCGGAUGAUGCCACUCGCUUCGACCGCGAAAAACUUGAACUUCGCAGGACAGCAACUCGACUUGAGAAUGAAGUGAAGCGUCUGAAAGAUGACAGGGCCUCCCUAUUGGAAGCCAAAGAGACUCUUGAACAGCAACUCGGUUCUGAGAUUGAGCGGGCUACCGCAGAAGAGGGCCGUCUUUCAGCCGAGAUCGAUCAUCUUCAAGACAAGCUCCUUGCGGGCUCAGGCAACCGAGACCGUGAAUUGACUACUGCUAAGACCAAGGUUCAGCGCCUUGAACGACGCAUUCAAGAGCUCGAGGCCCUUCUUCAGCACCAGAAGCCCACUGUGGAGACUGAGCACUCUGGUACCCAUAAUGACCUAUCUCUGAUCCGACAUAGUCUUGAUGAGGCUCGGAAGCGAGAGAAGAUUCUUGUACAGCGUGAAGCUGACCAACAGGUUUCCGCACGUACGUUGAAAUCCCGAGUCGCUGAUCUAGAGCGAGACCUCCACGAGGCAUUGAUGAAUAAAUUCGACUCAAAUUCGCCGCGAAAUUCGCCAUCCAACAAGCUUCAUGAUGAGCUGCGAAAUUUGCGCAAGCAGCUUUCGGAUGCCCACCGAUCUCUCAAGGAGAUCAAAGCCAAGAAUCGGGAUCUGGAGCAUGCUGCGAUGAGAGAGGAGGACCAAAGGGAUCUUCAUGAACUUCUCAAAUCAUCAACUCUCGAAGCGGAGGCCUUGGCUCUCAAGGUCUCUGAACGAGACUCCCGUUUGAAUGAGCUCAAGAAUCAGGUCCAUCGAAUCCGUGAAGAGCGAGCCUUCUGUGCUCGCAAAGCUGAGACUGCCACUAAGGAGUUGAAUGCACUCCAACAACGGUAUGACGAGGCUGUCAAGAAGGUGUCCAUUUCAAAAGCUUCCACCAAGGGUCAACACGAGAAAGAGAUGCGCGGUCUAGGCAAAGAAAUCAUAUGGCUUCGUGCUCGCUUACGGCGGGAGGAGAAGUUCCGGCAUGACUUGGCCUGGAGUAAAGGCUUGAUGGAGCUUGGCGAACGUGUCCGCGUUGCUUGUAACGAGGCCGACCUUCGCAUGAUCUCUGAAAUGGGCGUCCAAGCCCGUGACCGUAAUCCUACCCGAACACCACGCCGCAAGCUCAAGACUGCUAUCUCACUAGUCAUGGCUACCGUUCGCAUGCAACGGAUGGGCCAGGAAUGGAGACAGACCAAGAAGAUCGGCGAGGGCUUGAAACGAGCCAAGAGCGAAUUGCUCAAGCGCCGCGAGAGCUCCAAUAAGAGUCUGAGCCAAUAG